AGGUUUCCCGUGCGUUCAACUCCGACCCCACGUUUUUUUUAACUCCAAUUCCCAGCGCCGCCGCCGCCAUUCCCCGUCUCGCUCCGCCGCUGGAGCCACAACCCUCCUCCUCGACCGGCUCUUCCCCGCACAACUCCUCCCUCACCCCUCUCUGUGAAGACCUGGACCGAAGCCACCGCCGGUCACCGGAUCUGCUCCCUGCCGCUGCCGCCGGCCCAUAGAGGAUCCCGUCCUCGUCCGGCCAGCAGGCGGCGAUGGCAGCGAGGGCCCUCGGGCUCGCCGGCCGAGCACUCUUGCGACCGCUCGCCUCACCAGGCGCCCCGCGCCUGCUGUCAACUGACAAGGGUCCAUUGCAGGGCCUCACGAACGCCGGUGAUCCGAUGAGUCGCCUCAUCAUGCAAGCACGGAACCAGACUGAUGGCGGUUUCCCUCGUCACUUUGCUGAGAAUGGAUUCACAGCUGGUGGUGGCAGGAUGGGUGGAAACGGAUUGACAGCCGGUGAUGGCAGGAUGGGGGGAAACGGAUUCACAGCCGGGGGUGGCAGGAUGGGGGGAAACGGAUUCACAGCCGGGGGUGGCAGGAUGGGGGGAAACGGAUUCACAGCCGGGGGUGGCAGGAUGGGGGGAAACGGAUUCACAGCCGGGGGUGGCAGGAUGGGGGGAAACGGAUUCACAGCCGGGGGUGGCAGGAUGGGGGGAAACGGAUUCACAGCCGGGGGUGGCAGGAUGGGGGGAAACGGAUUCACAGCCGGGGGGGGGAGGGCGGGCCGGGUUAACAUGGAAAUGCUGCGGCCAGCCGGGGCUCCGCGCGGAAAGAGGGGCGUUCUCCAAGUCACGCUCAAGGGGAAGAAGACCUUUGUGACUGUGACGGACGUCAAGGGGAACAGGAAGGCUGGGGCUUCCGCUGGCUGUUUGGAGGAUCGAAAGGGGCGGUCUCGUCUUGCUCGGUAUGCUGGUGAAGCAACAGGGGAACACAUGGGUCGAGUUGCCAGCAAGAUUGGCCUCAAAUCGGUCGUUGUGAAGGUGAAAGGAUACUCCUUUUUCAGGAAGAAGAAGAAGGUGAUCAUGGGCUUUGCGGAUGGUUUCCGGGGCGAAAGAGUGAGGACCCCGUCUCCUAUCAUGUAUGUCCACGACGUGACCCAGCUCGCUCAUAAUGGAUGCCGGCUGCCCAAAAAGGUAAGGAAGUAAGACUGAUAAGAAGCCCCGGCAAGAAGUGUGGAGACCAGUAUCCUGCCUCCAAGGAGAAGCAAAGAACGAUAUGUAUGUAUCGACUGGUUUCGUAAUAAUAUCAUCAGGCUGGAAGUAUUUAUAAAUACUUAUUAGACAGUCUUAGAUCGGCUUUUGUAACUCAAAACCAUUUUGUCAUUUCCUGUAAUGUUGCUGAGGUGAUGGAUUUGUUUUGAUAUGACAUGGUUGCAUGCAGUUCCCUCUCC